AUGGACUUUGCUACAAAGAUAAAGGAGCUUGAAGGGGAACUUUCGGAGACAAAUGACUACAAAACCUUACAGAGUAAGACCACAAGUCUUCGAAGUGAGCUGAAUGCUGUAUCACAUUCUCUGACAUCCUAUGAAAAAGAACGCUUUUCUAAUAAUAUAGAAAAUAUUCUAAAAUCUGUUAACGCAGAACUGUCUAAAUCAAAGGGCAAAAAGCGAAUGUUCUCUUUCAAACAGAAGAAUCUAUCAACAGCAGUUCAGGAGAGAUUGGUACGUACAGAGCCUGCGAGUACGCCAGGUAAUACCACUGCUGUGAGAAAACAUUACAUUUUGGAGAAAGGGGAUUCAGCAUUUGAAAAUUUAGAAUUAUGUACUGUUGCGUCAACAGGAAAUUAUUGUGGCAGUGUUGCUCUUUCCGGCUCAUUAUAUUUCCGCAGUAUUACUAAAAGUGUCAUAAAUCUACAAAGAGUAUAUUUCCAAACAGGCAGUAUAUUCAUCACCGAUUGUACGGAUUCUAUAAUUUUUUUGCAUUUCCCUUCGGAAGGAAACAUUCAAAUCCGUUUACGUGGUUUGGAAAAUUGCAAAAUUUUGAUAGAAAAACUUUCAUCAAGUAUUGAUUGCAAACAAGUGGUAAUCAUGGAAAAUUGCCUCAACUGUAUUUUCAACGCAAGUACUCGGGAACACCUCCUUAUACAAGAUUUUUCUAACCCCUUCCAAAGCGACAAAACUGAGGACAAUUUUGCUUUUGCGUUUGAAGAUUUUGAUAUUUGUGAAAGAGAUACAAUGCAAUUAUUUCAUGCUUACUUUUAG